UCUGGGUAACUCCUUAAUCUUGCGAUUUAAGGGGCGGGGAGAGUCGUGCCUGUAGCUUGAAGGAUAUGCCAACUUUAGUACAGGCGCGUGAGAUGAGGUCGAUGACCUGGUGCUGACUACGGCGAGCCCCUGCUCCCGGUGAGAGCCGAGCUGACGUGCGGCCCCGUCAGGGCAGGUCGGCGCUCGCCUAGCAUGAGGGAGAUAGCUAUCCAGACGGACGCGCUGCCGCUGCUGCCCGCCAUGCCGCCGCCGCGCCACCGCUACCUCCGGCUGCUGGCGCUGCUGGCCGCCGCCGUGGCCACGUUCAUCGUCGUCUACUUCACGUACGUGUGCCCGGCGGGGACGUGCGGCAGCCUGCCGGCUGACCGGACACUGCCGCUGGCGCCGCUGAUGCUGACGGACCGCCAGGGCCGGCCGCUGCCGUCGGCCGCCGCCUCGCUCAGCUUCGAGGAGAUGCUGACCGAUGACUUCCGCUUCGACCUAGAAGACCGUGACGUCAUCGUGUUCCUGCACAUCCAGAAGACGGGCGGCACCGAGUUCGGCCGUCAUCUGGUGCACGACCUGCAGCUGAAGCGGCCCUGCGUCUGCCACCGCCGACAAAAACGAUGUCAGUGCUUCCGGCCCGGCAGCAACAGCCACUGGCUGUUCAGUCGCUACUCGACCGGCUGGAAGUGCGGCCUGCACGCCGACUGGACCGAGCUGACGUCGUGCGUCGACGAGGCGAUGGACCACAUGGAGCGCGACGAGAAGAAGCGGCGUUACUUCUACAUCGCCCUAUUGCGUGAGCCGGUGCAACGGUACCUCUCUGAGUGGAAGCACGUGCGGCGAGGCGCCACCUGGAGCACCAGCCGACACUGGUGCGGCGGCCGGGAGGCCACGGAGAACGAGAUUCCGUCCUGCUACGUGGGCGACGGCUGGGACGGUGUGACGCUGGACGAGUUCCUCGCCUGCGACUCCAACAUGGCCAACAACCGGCAGACGCGCAUGCUGGCUGACCUGCACCUGGUCAACUGUUACUCGCAGGCGGGCAUGUCGUCGGCUGAGCGUGACCGCGUCCUUCUGGCGAGCGCCAAGACCAACAUCCGCCAGAUGGCAUUCUUCGGCCUCACCGAGGAGCAGCAGCGCAGCCAGUACAUGUUCGAGGAGGUGUUCAACCUGCGCUUCGUCACCGCCUUCGCCGCCUACAACAAGACGCACGCCGACUCGGCGCUGCGCUCGCUGCGGCCGGACCAGCUGGCCGCCGUGCGUCGCCGCAAUCGACUCGACCUCGAGCUGUACGAGUACGCGCGCUCGCUGCUCGCCCAGCGGUUCGAGCGACUCCGAGCGACCGACAGCAGCUUCGAGGCGCACUACAGCAGCCUCGGCAAGCUGGGCGACGACUACUCGCGCGAGGUCGACCGACGGCGGUGAUUGGCCGCACGCGAGGUUGGUCGCGGCCGUGAUUGGUUCUCUUUGACAGGCAAUGACGUUGAUUGGGCUGAUUGCUGAUUCAAGCGGCCGGCGGCCGUGAUUGGUCUUUUCCAGGCUGGCGUGGCCGAAGAUCGGGGAAACAUAGAGCUGGCUGCUGCCGUGAUUGGUCGUCUCGAGACUAGUGACGCCUGUGAUUGGUGGGCGUUGGACACUAGCGGUGCCGUGCAUUGGCCAGCUUACGGCUGGGAAGCUCGCCUCAUUGUCUGAUUAGUGGUCUCUGACUUCUACCACAUCAGACUAUUGCAGUUCCAGGUGACAAAUAGUCGUUUUUGGUGGGGUUUAUCAUUAAUUUUGAUCAUUGCUGCCGUCUGCACGUGGCGUCCAACGCGUUUACAACGUCAUGCCGUCGAUAUGUGGACGACGGGAACGUUUGAUCAGAGCGUGUGUAGGUGGACUGUGAGACGACUGCUGUGGGGAAGUGACGUUCCCUCUUUGCCGCAACACGUCUUUUUUGAUCACCGGUAGCUUUGUGUCUUUUUGUGCCAUUGGCGGCGUUUUGCAGCUUUCUGGCUCCGUAUCGUGAGGAAAUGGGCCGUAUAUGUUAAAGGGGAGUUCGAUUGUGCCCCUGUGUAAUUUUUUGGCUUGUGUUGAUGAGGUUUGACCCCUGCCGUAUAACCGCGGAGUCACGUGGGGCUUUUCUACUUUUGAUUCUUGCGCUAUCUCUCGUGUUAAGUGGGUGAUCGGCGCGUGUCGGGCAUGAGCUGUGACCGACGGCGUGGGCGACCACCGCCUGUCACGCCCUAGCUCGCCCCAGCCAAAGUGUGCACACCCCACUCCGACGUCCUGCCACGCCUGCCGAGCGCUGGUGACUGGCGUGGUAUUCCCGUGCCACCCAAGACAGUCAACCGUGCACCCGUGACGCUGCUGGUCACCACGGGUGGCCGGCACGCCCCCCCCCCCCCCCAACAGUUCCGCGCGCUGUAAGAUAGUUCGCGGCGAUCGUGACGGCAUUUAUCAACUGCUGGGCGAAUGACGCGCGUGCCGAUGACUGGCUACAAGACCGCUGAUUGACUGAAGCAGCGUUUAUCCGGCUCGCCUUUAUGAUGUUGUGUACGUUCCCGCUCACGACGUGGAUCAUGUUAUGUUCUGGUGUGAGUUGGGACCUGCUCAUGUGCCACCUUGUUUCGGCGCUGCUGCCGUGUUGGCUGUUCUGUUGCCGCCCCUGUCCGGGCUGGCGGGCCGCGGGCGGCCGGAGACCGCCUCCUCUGCCUGAGGCGGUGCCGACGGUCCGCCGCGUGGUGUCACAUAUCCGUAUUUGCCUUUCAUUGUGUCCAUAAUACUCUGCUGAGUGCGAGGAAGGAGGUCGGGCGCGGUCCGUCCGCCCGACAGCGCGCCAGUGACUUCGGGGCGGCGCUGGAGCCCGCACCGGCCGCAGCGCGGCCGAGCACCCCCGGUCGCGGGUCGACCGAGCGCCGCCCCGUCGCGGUGCUGCGUGCGUUGGCGGGUCAGGCCCGGCGGAACCCAGGCCCGCCCGAGCGCCAACGCAGCACCGUGCAGCGCUGGAUCACGUUUCGCGGUUCUGAGGGCGGUUCGCUCGGUAGUGGUGGUCCUGGUGCUGACGUGGAGAGGAGGGCUCCGACGGGGUAUCGUGAGCGACGCUGUGUCGCUGUGUAUUGUGCCGGCCGGUGCAGCGCCGACGGACGCUGAAGUCGGACCGGCUGGUGCAGCGGCGUCCGCUGAUCAGGGCGGAUAUUGUGUGUGCGUUUGUGUGUGGCUGACGGGGGUGCACAUAAUGUGAGAUGUGCGCUGCAUCGGCACCGGGUACUGAUUCCAACUUGCUGCAGAGGCUGUGUCCCAUUCUCCGAUGAGAAUGGGCCGACCAGGGUCGAUAAUGUCGACGUUUUUUAACCAAAGUCAUUGAAUA